AUGAUAAGGACGCGUUGCUGUAUAAUUAGCAGCGUGUUGGCAGCGCUGGUGGUGGGCGCGCUGGUGGCGGUGCUGGUGCUGCAGCCGUGGACCAGCCACGACCACCCGCGCUUUCCGCGUGCCGUCGUCGCUGCCAAUGGUGUUGAGUGUGCUUCUGUUGGCCGAGGAAUACUGGAAAGAAAUGGAUCAGCAGUGGACGCUGCAAUUGCCACACUCUUCUGCGAGGGUCUAGGCUGUGCGCAAUGCAUGGGUCUAGGUGGCGGGUUCCUAGCCACCGUCUACGACGCAUCAACGAGACGAGUUCGAGUACUGAACGCCAGGGAACGAGCUCCGAUGGCAACAUACCCGGACAUGUUCGCGAACGCCUCCUCCCAAGUCGGUGGACUCGCGAUCGCCGUGCCAGGAGAGCUGAGAGGUUACGGAGCGCUCUAUCGAGAGUACGGCCGCCUGCCGUGGAAGGAGCUAGUGAAGCCGGCGGCAGACCUCGCCCGCAAUGGCCACCGCGUCAGCGAAUACAUGGGUCGCGUGCUCAAGACGUACAGCGCCAGGAUCCAAGCCGAGCCGUCCUUCAGCGAAGUGUACGUGAACCCAGCGACGGGAGAAGUAUGGAAGGAAGGGGAUAUAAUCCGCGAACCGACCCUCGCUCGUACACUCGAUAUCAUCGCCGAGGAGGGCCCGGAGGCGAUACACAACGGUUCCCUGACGUCGGCGUUGGUGCGCGACAUAGAGACCUUCGGUGGCAUCAUUACAGAAGACGACCUCAGGAACUUCAGGGUAGAAUGGCAAGAGCCAAUCGCCGUUCGCGUGUCGGACGAACACACCCUGUAUUCGGUGCCGUUGCCAGGCUCCGGGUCGGUCCUCGCGUUCAUCCUGAACAUGCUGCGCGACUGGGUCGGCUCAGGAACGGACGCGCCGGUGAGCAGCAACCUGUACUGGCAUCGCAUAGUGGAGUCCUUCAAGUUCGCCUACGCUCGCCGGACAGGCCUCGGUGAUCCGUCGCGUACUAAUCUCUAUUAUAGUAUUGCAGAGUUGGAGCGCAAUUUGUCUGCACCCGAAUGGGCCGAAUCUCACAGAGCAAAAGUUGAUGAUACGCGCACAUUCUCCGACUGGCAACACUACGGUGCUAUGUUCGAAGGAGCAGAUGACCACGGAACAGCACAGAUAGUCGUAGUUGCCCCAGACGGCAGCGCUGUAUCUGCCACCAGUACUGUCAACUACAUUUGGGGAUCCCAACGACGCUCCAGGAGCCUUGGCAUCAUCUUAAACAAUGAGAUGGACGACUUUGCUAUACCAAAUCGGGAUUCUGUGUACGGCAUGCCCCCUUCUCCCGCCAAUAUGGUUACCCCGGGGAUGCAGCCGCUCAGCUCGAUGACGCCAAGUAUAGUCCUGAGGAACAACGACACCGUAGACCUGAUUCUCGGUGCAGCUGGCGGCACAAAAAUUACGACACAAGUCGCAUUGUUAACAAUGCACACUCUCUUGGAAAAUAGCGAGUUACCUGAAGUGUUACAGAGGCCUCGUCUGCAUCACCAACUUAUGCCAAUGGAGGUUGAGUAUGAAGACUCGUUUAGCCCUGACGUCAUUUCAUCUUUACGUGCCAGAGGUCAUGUGACCACAAGCCGAGGACCCACGGCUGGAUUCGCUGCAAUGGUUGCGGCCAUGCGCGACAGCGGCGAUCAAUUCGUACCGCAGACUGAUCGUAGAAGAAUAGGCAGCGUAGACGGUUUUUAA